AUGACUGAACAAGCUCCAGACUUCCUCGCCAAGGCCCAGGAGGGUAUGGGCUCGAGGUUCCAGUCGCAAGCGUCCAUCGACGAAUCGAAUACCAGGAGGGAGAAGGAGUGGAAGGAGGCGUAUGCCAGGCUAGGGCAAGAGCCACCAAAAGCGACAGAAUUCGCCCAUGACGGUUUGACGCUCUUCGAGCGACUAGAGACGAACAAGCGACUGAAUACGGAAGAAUGGGACGACAAGAUGAAGCUCGCCAACCAAUAUCGCGGUAUCAACGCCGACGAAAAACGAUUCCUAGACGAACGGUACGCCGAGAAGAUGGCGGCGCAGAAGGUCAUAGAUGAUGAGGUCGCCAAAGAGCUAGAGGCCUAUCGACAAGCAAAGAAAGGAGGAGAUGAGCCAGAACCCACCCUUGCCGCGCCUGUAGCAGCAGCAGCCCGAAAGCCCCUGCCUACAAAACCAAAGAAGGACGUCAAGUCUCUCUUGAAAGGUGUGGUCGUCAAGAAGAAGCCAAAAGCGAAGCCGGAUCCGUCAGCGGCGGGGGCGCCGGGAACAGGGGGAAAGAUUGGACCGACGGCGGCGGAGGAAGAGCCAGAGACGGAAGGGGAGUCGGAAAAGAGGGCAAAGGUGGACGGUGGGCAGAGGUGA